CUGCGCAUCACUCAGCUCCUUUGUGCGCCCGUCAAUCUGCCUCUCUCCGGCUCUGCCCAUGGUCAUGCACCGAGAUAAUCCAUCCCUGAGCUCCUCCACGACUUGAAUUGUGAUUUUUAUUUCUUUUUGCUUCUUUUCUUUGUCUGAAUGCGUCAACAGUCGUCAUUUUUAUACUUUGUUUUACGGAUUACUACGUUUGCUGAGUUUGCGUCUUGGAGCACCUGAGUGCAAUGAACCUAGAGCGCAGCGACAGAAGGGAGCGUCCUGGACCCCGAGGGCUGGACAUGGAGGCUCGUUCGGGGGCGAAGGUAGGGAAGAUGAUGUCUGUGGGCUUCCAGAGGAGCUCCACCUCAGAUGAUGACUCUGGCUGUGUGCUUGAGGAGUAUGCAUGGGUGCCACCUGGACUCAGGCCUGAACAGGUCCAGAUGUAUUUUGCCUGUCUGCCGGAAGACAAGGUGCCGUACGUCAACAGCCCAGGAGAGAAACAUAGGAUCAGACAGCUCCUCUACCAGCUGCCACCGCAUGACAACGAGUUGCGCUACUGCCAGUCUUUAACAGAGGAGGAAAAGCGGGAGCUCCAAAUCUUCAGCAACCAAAGGAAGAGGGAGGCACUGGGAAGAGGGACGCCGAAGAUCCUCCCCAGAGCCCUGCAACACACCCGUUGUGAAAAUUGUCGUGGUGGCAUCAAUGGAGGGGAGAUGGCCAUUUUUGCCUCCAGAGCUGGGCCGGGUCCCUGCUGGCACCCAGCGUGCUUUGCGUGCUCCAUGUGCCAGGAGCUCCUGGUGGAUCUAAUCUAUUUCUAUCAAAACGGAAAGAUCUUCUGCGGAAGACACCACGCAGAGCUCAUGAAACCUCGAUGCUCCUCCUGUGACGAGAUCAUCUUUGCAGAUGAAUGCACUGAGGCAGAAGGGCGUCACUGGCACAUGAAGCACUUUGCCUGCUUUGAGUGCGGGACAAUGCUAGGUGGACAACGGUACAUCAUGAAAAAUGGACGACCCUACUGCUGUGGGUGCUUUGAGUCGCUGUAUGCAGAGUACUGUGAGGCAUGUGGUGAAAACAUUGGUGUUGACCAUGCCCAGAUGACCUAUGAAGGCAUUCACUGGCAUGCCACAGACCAGUGCUUUUGUUGUGCCCAAUGUAAGACAUCUUUGCUGGGUUGUCCCUUCUUACCCAAGCAAGGCCGCAUCUAUUGCUCAAAGGCCUGCAGCCAGGGGGAAGAUGUACAUGCCUCAGACUCGUCAGAUUCUGCUUUCCAGUCGGCCCGCUCUCGGGAAUCUCGACGGAGCGUCCGCAUGGGAAAGAGUAGUAGGCCCGCUGAACAGUGGCAACAGUCGCAGCUGUUUAGCCUGCCGGCUACUGUCACCUCUUAUGAGCACAGGUUUGGGGAGAAAGAUGGGGACAGAGAUGCCGAUGGCGACAUUGAUAUAGUAGGGAGCAAGCUAACCCGUCUUGGCCUAGAGGAAGAAAGGUUCUGGAGGGAGCGGGAGGAGCAGGAUGCCGGUGGAGAAGAAGAUCCGGAAGAGUGGGCUCAGCAUGAGGACUACAUGACUCAGCUCCUGCUCAAGUUUGGUGACCGUGGAAUGCUGCACCAACAUCAGCUGCCAUCCCUAAAAUCGCCAAGCCCCAACAGUGACUCAACGCGGCUAAUAAGUGUGUCGGAUCCCUGGCUGAAGUCAGAUUCUACAUCUGUGGGGCUUAACCCCUCCUCUCCCACCCCAACCAGUCCCACCCAGAGCCAAACUUCUGAUCAGUCUCGAGCCAACAGCCUCAGCUCGGGGUUGAUGGACAAGAAGCAUCUACCUGAAAUGUACUGGGCCCAGUCGCAGGAUGGCCUUGGAGACUCAGCUUAUGGGAGCCAUCCAGGACCUGCCAGUGCAAGAAAGAUCCAAGAGCUGGAGUUGGACCAAGAGCCAGAGCAGUCUGGAGAAGUAAAACAGGGUUUUUGGCCAGACACAAGAAAAUGGUAUGAAGACUCCCUGGAGUGUAUUGCUGAUGAGCUAAGGAAGGUUGAGAAGGGUGUUGGAGACUCCAUGGAUUCCCUUGCUUUGUCAAACAUCACUGGUGCAUCAGUGGAUGGAGACACACCCACAGUCUACAACCUUCACCCCAUCCAGGAUUCCUCCAGGACUGUCGAGUGCGAGAUGAGCAACAUGGGAACGUUUAAUUCAUCCCAUAUUCACCACAGCGCAAACUCCCUCAACCUCCACAUGGAAAAGAGAGUUGAGGAGGCAGAGAAUGGGGUGGCACUUGGAAUGAGGGUGGGCCCUACUGUAGCACUUCACUCAGUGUCUCCACAUUCAGAUGGCCUCCCCACAACCUAUGUUCAAGCUCCAGCUUUGAGGAGGAGCAAGUCGCAAUCCAGGCCACCUCAGAUGGUCAAGUUCUCAGAGGACACGGUGGACAAUGGAUACAAUGAUGGAUUUGAGGUCAGUGUUAUGAAACAUCCAAUGAGUGAAAAGCCCCAGAGGAGAGCAUACUGCCCCGAUGAGCUUGGCAGAGCAAGAAGCCGCUCCACAAGCCACCAUGGCAGAAGCAGGACCCAACAUCACCGACAGGGCCGGCGCCACAGGAGCCGCAAAACCCGCUCGGACAACGCGCUUCACAUGGUACCUGUGGAGAGAGCGCAGAGGCCAUUUGAGCCUCAGCAGCAGGAUAUAGUAAACCCACCCUGUGGUGCGAUGCGCCUUCAGCGCCCCACGCACAUGCUGCCGCUGGCCUACUCCCAAACCCGCUCUGACUAUAUGCUUCGUAGCUCAAACCAGAACGACUCACGGUUUGAACAUUUCAUGGGUCUCCACAGAGACGAGGAUGACUGGUGCUCAACUUGCUCCUCAUCAUCGUCGGACUCUGAGGAAGAGGGAUAUUUCCUCGGCCAACUAAUUCCCCAACCUCGAGCGGUUGGGCGCUACUAUGCAGAAGACUACCCGACGAGGGUGACCGCUCUCACAGCCCUCAGCCAUGGCUCACAGACUGGUCGUAGAAAGGGCCACAACUCCAAAAACUGUAUCAUUUCUUAGCAACCCACCCUAUUGAUGUCACAAAGUGCACUACACAAAGCAAUAUGGUGAAGAUUUUCAGUUAGGUCUGUCAUAUUUUGUAUAGAGGCCAUUAUUGAGUAGUUAAAAGCCUUCUUACAUGUAUGUAAAACUGGCCAAAACAUUAACAGGAUGUGAGUAACAAUGGAAGUUUUGAAUUGCACCAAGAGAGGGAUUUAUGCUCAGUUAACACUUUUGCAAUGGUAUAUUAGUGCAUUUUCUUCAGAGGUUAAUAAUGCAAGUAGAGCCUAGAAACUAACCAAAUAAUUAUUUAAUGAUUAACAAGACAACAUAAAAAUGUAUAUAAUAAGUUAAAAUUUCAGUACUGGUAUUUUUAUACUCAUCAUGUAAAAGUGUAAACCUGUUUUGUCUGAGGUGUACAAGUACAAAAAAAAGUGAGAAGAGGAUACCACUUCAGUCACGGAAAAGGGCCAUGUUAUUCCUGUUUGACGUUGGCAACACUUUUCACAUUAUGUAUUCACAAUCCGUGUUCAGAUUUGGCAGCAACACACCUGUAUUUGCACCUGAUCACCACCAUUGCUCCAAGAUAACCAGACAUACGCUUUGUGAUGUAAAGAUGCUUGUAAUAAAUAAUUUUUCUCCAAUGCUUUAAGAAUGGUUUACUUGAAUUGGGUUAUAUAAUCAAGUUUCAAACUUUCUAGAAACUUUAAUGUGGAACUGAGCAAUAUUUUGUCUGGUUUUUCAGUCUAAUUUUACUCAUUUUCAGUGUGGAAGCUAUUUUUACAGCAAAUGUUUUUUUUUUCGAGAGCCAUUUUGCGCCAUGAAUUGUUAAUGCUUUAAAAGUUUUCUAAACAGCAUUUAAAAAUCCUUGAUUUUAGAACAUUUACACAGUGUUGAAAAGAAAUCCCACAUCAAGAAAUCACUAGUACCACAUUCACUGGCACCUUUAAAGAUUCCAAUAAAAACAUGUGACUGAA